CUCUCUCUCUCUCUCUCUCUCUCUCUCUCUGAAUCUUACCAUCCAGUUCGCAACCCCAUCCAAAUUUCCAUGGCAAACAAAAACCUUCUUCUCUUUCUCACAACCAUACUUCUUUUCUCACUGCCUUUGGCGAUAACAACAGCAGCGUCAACGGCGAAGACCGGCACAGAUGAGGCCUUAAUUACAGGCGACGACGAUAAGCAGCAGGAAGGCUCGGAGUCAUGGACUUCGUGGGCCAAAGACAAGAUAUCCGGUGGCCUUGGCAUCAAGCAUCAACCCACUGAAGACAAGGAGGAGAAGGCAGAGGAAGCAGCCAGCAAGGCGAAGAAAGCAGGGCAUGCUGCCAAGGACAGCGCUGGCGGCAUCGCUUCUGAUGUGGGAGCAUACACCAAGGAGAAGGCUAGAAUUGCUAAAGACUCCCUAAAGGGUGCUAAGGAUUCUGUCUCAGGAAAGGUGAAAGAUACAGCAUCGGAAACAGCAACCCAAACCAAAAAUAAGACAAACGAGACUACAGAGUCUACAAAGAAAACUACUAUCGAGGCUGCAGGGAAAGCAGCAGAGAAGACAUCGUGUUUCGAGAAGGCAAAAGAAACUGUGGAGGCAGGGGAAGCGCAGGAGGCGACUUAUGAGACGGCCGGGAAUGCGGCGAGCAAGGUGAAGGAAGGAUAUGAAGCUGCAAAGGAGAGGGUUGGAUGCGGCUAAGGAUACACUGUCGUCCAAUUAUGAGGCUGCGAAGUAGAAAAGGUUAUAGGAGGGUCUUAGAGACACGAGGAGGAGCUGUGAUUUCUCUGAGUGGUUGGUGGUUUUGGUUAGGUUUGUUUAGCUGUUUUUUGUGGUUUGAUUUGGCUUGUUUUAGAGUUUUGCUUAUAAAUGAAGAAGAGAUAGAUGUAAUUUAUGCAUUUUUGGUCGAAUAUAGAGAAACUAUUAGUUCUGAA